CUCUACUCAAUCUUUCGUCGAUCGUCGCUACGACAACCACCCCGUCCCCAACUAGUCCCUCUUCGAUCGUACCUUCGUUGACGAUCCCAUCUUCGUUGGCUUCCUUCAUACCUACUUCGAUCGUCUCAUCAUGGCUCAACGUCUCUUCGUUGAUACCUGGUCUGGAAUCACAGUCGGUCACUCAACAGGCUUUGGAACAGAUGGGAGAUCCCCUGGAUAUCUCCGGUCUAUCGAACGCCAUCAUAAAGCCUUUGACGUACACAUUGGUGCUCUUCCCGAUCGGUACCGGGUUUACAGGGGCAACUCCCUUAUUCUUGAUGGUCGGUUGGUGGAGACAGAACGGGGUCUUGGCGACCAUCGCUUUGGUCAUGUCUUGGUUUGCCGCGAUUAUCGUCUGGCUCGCCUUCAUCCUGGCAAUCAUCUCUUUCUCGAUCGCCAAGAACCGGUUAGACGAUAUGGACGGUUUCAAGGGGAUUCUUGGGAGCGGGAUAUGGUUGAGCUUGACCGCGGCGGUAAGAUCCUCUUGACCUUCACGAUCUCCCUAACGUGCUGCGUGCACUAUAGCCC